AAUUGAUCCUGCCAGGUCUUAAAAUGUGAAUAUGUUGUUUGUGGAGCGAUUGUUACUCAUGCCGAGGUAAGAAAGUAAAGGACUUGAUUAUUGUUCUUGUUAAAAUGGUUUAUACAAUUUUUCUAUAAAAUUUAGAUGUCAAUUUGCAUAAAAUAUCUGAGAACACAGGAUACGAUAAUUUAGCUAAAGUUGAGGUUGAAGAUAUUGAAAACGAAGUAAAUUCUGCUGUUAUUUGCUACUUCCUUGAGGCUAAUCUUCUAAAUGUGUUUGAAAAUUAUAUUAAAUUCAUUUUAUGAUUUGCCUAUAUUACUUAUUAUUUGCUUUUGUUUUUUUAGUAUUUUUCUUUUGUGAGGAAAGCUUAUCUAAGUUCCUUCUCUGUAUAAUAGGGUUUGAUGUAACGGAGAUUUCAGAGGAUAGCCAAGACGAUCUUGAGGGAUUGGAUGCCUCGGCGUCACAUAUUGCAAAUCUAUUGUCAACAGAGCCUGCUGAUGAAAACAUUUGAAGAAUAUACUGACAGAACUGCUUUUGAGAGGCCACUCACCAGUGGUGUUGCCUAUGCAUUGAAAGUUACUCACUCUGAGAGGGAGAAAUUUGAAAAGCGUCAGGGAUGGAAUAUAAAGAAGAUGGAGCACGGGGAUCAGACUCUUGUACAAGAUUUUGAUCCUGCAAAGAUGGAUCCUGCACCCAUUCAAGAUGAAUAUGCACCUAUUAUAUUCUGUCAAAGAACAGUAGCUCAUAUUGUCUCUAUAGACAGGAUGUCUGGAAAGUUCCUUGCUACUGUGUCCCAUGAAAUUAGAACGCCCAUGAACGGUGUUUUAGGUAAGAAGGAAUUUGACAUAGAGUAUAUUCUGUAUUUGAUUAGUUUUUGCUAUCUAUGUUGGAUCUGA